CCCUCAGUUUCUACAGAUGUUGAUACUACCAGUAUAGUGCCAGUAACACAAAUCGUGCAAACUGAUGUACCAGUUGAUGUUAAUGGAAUGAGUUUUUUUCAGAGCCUAUUCGAAAGUAAUGACAUUACCCUUACAGUGGCCCCAACAGUUGAUAUCGAAAGUGUUGCAACCCCAUCGAUAGAGUUUGAAAAUGUUACAACCCCAUCCAUCGAGGAUGAAAGUGUUGCAACCCCUGUGCAUGUUGAAACUGUAACAGGUGUGACAAAUAGAAUAGUUAAUUUUUGCAAAACACAAAAUAUAUUGGACCCUGUUGAAAUUUUGCGUAAAGUUCAAAAUGAAAUGGUGACUGGUAGACCUUUGGAAGUCGUUGACGUUACAAAUAGUUCUGAAGGCGACACAAACUUCAUUUUGGUAGACAGAACUCAUCUUUUGGAGACAUCGUUUGAUGAAAUCAAAGGAAUUGAGGAUCUUAGAAAGACUUUAGAAGUACAGUUUUAUGAUGAGACGGCUGUAGAUUAUGGAGGCCCCAGGAAGGAGUUUUUCAGAUUAGUUUUGCAGGCCAUCAAGAAGAAAUAUUUUGACAGUGGACUGAGAGAAUUACUUCAUGAAGAUUAUGAAGUUGUUGGAAAGACUUUUGCUUUAAGUAUUCUACAAAAUGGCAAAAUCCCAACUUUUUUGGACCCAGAUGUAAUCCAGAAGAUAUUUUCUGAUUCCACAGACAAUCCAUGCAUAACAAGCUUGAGAGGAGGGCUUGAGACAUUGGGACUGUAUACAAUUUGUAUGCAGCUUCCAAGUUUUCUGUACCUUUUCCAAAAACAUUCAUUACCCUUGACAUUUAGGAUGCUCACAUUCCUUCUAAAGCCUCAAUUUUCUCAAGAGGGCAGCAACAACAUGGAAGUUGAAAAGAAGGUCUACGCUGCAUUUGUUCGAUAUCUAAGAGAAGUCGCAAGUGGUCGGAGAGAACACUUGUCCUUAGCAAACGUACUACAGUUUGUGACAGGAGCUGAUGAGGAGCCACUACUGGGGUUCAAAAUCCCACCCACUAUCCAGUUUCCAGAAGUCAUGAACUCAUUCAUUCCAACUGCCAACACAUGCAUCAACUCUCUCCAGCUUCCAAGACCAAAACCAGACUUAAAUGUGAACUUUCCUUUAGAUGAAAAGCUAUUUGAAUUAUAUGAUUAUGCUUUCUUAAACCUCUUUUAUGGACUGCAUUAA